GUAAAAGCCCCAGCCCGCUGCCCCAGGGCUGUUCUGCAGCUGCUGGAGAGAGAUGCGGAAUGAAUGUACUUUCAGGAAGAGGCAAGGGAAGAGAGGUUGGAAACUAACUCUGCCAGAAACUGCCGUGUUUGGAAUUUUUCUUUUCUUCUGCUGCAUUUCCACCGCGAGCCCAUCUCUCCCCUGGCCAUCGAGACGCGGGCUCCCCCGGCCCGGCAGAGAAACACCUGGAAAAGGGCUCCCUGAGACAGGAAGGCCAUCUCCGGCGAUGCCCACGCCCUUCCGAGCCAGGGGCCUGCCUCCCGGACACCUGCGCCGGGGCUCCUGCAGCCCCCUGAGCCCGCUCCUGCCCAGCCGCCUGCCGCGGCCCGCCGCCAAGGGGCUGUACUACCGGAGGGCGCGCAGGGUGGGCGCCCUGGACGCGUCCCCGGCCGCCGACCUGAAGAAGGAGAUCCUGGUCAACGUCGGGGGCAGGCGGUACGUGCUCCCCUGGAGCACCCUGGACGAGUUCCCGCUGAGCCGCCUGAGCAGGCUCCGGCUGUGCCGCAGCCACGAGGAGAUCGCGCAGCUCUGCGACGACUACGACGAGGACAACCAGGAGUUCUUCUUCGACCGCAGCCCCAGCGCCUUCGGCAUGAUCGUGAGCUUCCUGGCGGCCGGCAGGCUGGCGCUGCUGCGGGAGACGUGCGUGCUGUCGUUCCGGGAGGAGCUGGCCUACUGGGGCAUCGAGGAGGCGCGCCUGGAGAAGUGCUGCCUGCGCGAGCUGCUGCGCCGGCUGGAGGAGCUGGCCGAGCUGCGGCAGCAGGAGACGCUGCACCUGCGGCGGGAGGCGCGGCGCCCCGCGGGGGACCCCUCGCGCUGGGGGGUCUUCAUGCACUGGCUGCGCGAGAUGGUGGAAAACCCGCGCUCGGGGCUCCCGGGCAAGGUCUUCGCUUGUCUGUCCAUCCUCUUCGUGGCCACCACCGCGGUCAGCCUGUGCGUCAGCACCAUGCCCGAGCUGAGGGCGGAGGAGGACAAGGGUGAGUGCUCGCAGAAGUGCUACUACAUUUUCAUCGUGGAGACGGUCUGCGUGGCCUGGUUCUCCCUGGAGUUCUGUCUGCGCUUCGUGCAGGCCCGGGACAAGUGCCAGUUCUUCCAGGGGCCCCUGAACAUCAUCGACAUCCUGGCCAUCUCCCCGUACUACGUGUCGCUGGCCGUGUCCGGCGAGCCCCGGGAGGACGGCGAGCGGCCCGGCGGGGGCUCGUACCUGGAGAAGGUGGGGCUGGCGCUCCGCGUGCUGCGGGCCCUGCGCAUCCUCUACGUCAUGCGGCUGGCGCGCCACUCUCUGGGGCUGCAGACGCUGGGCCUCACCGUGCGCCGCUGCACGCGCGAGUUCGGCCUCCUCCUCCUCUUCCUCUGCGUGGCCGUGACCCUCUUCUCCCCGCUGGUCUACGUGGCGGAGAACGAGUCCGGCCGGGUCCUGGAGUUCACCAGCAUCCCGGCCUCCUACUGGUGGGCCGUCAUCUCCAUGACGACGGUGGGCUACGGGGACAUGGUCCCGCGCAGCGUGCCGGGCCAGAUGGUGGCCCUCAGCAGCAUCCUGAGCGGGAUCCUCAUCAUGGCCUUCCCGGCCACGUCCAUCUUCCACACCUUCUCGCACUCCUACCUGGAGCUCAAGAAGGAGCAGGAGCGGCUCCGCGCGCGCCUCCGCCACCUGCAAGCGGCCGCCUCCGCCAGCGAACACGAGCUUCUCAGUGACGUGGACGACCCGACCCCCGAGGGACCGGCCUUGCCUGCCAAAUACGUUUAACUCUAAACCCGUGGUGAAAAGGGCAGGACCGCGCAAAUCACCACGGGGGUGGAGAACGCCACGGUGUAGACCACCCGCUGGGAUGUUUCUAGGGCCCCAGGGGGGGCUCCCCAAGCUAGGAGGGGCUCAAAGCCACGGGUGUUUGCUUGUUGGGAUUCUUGACCCCACUGGCCAUCACAGUUCCUGCUGAUCUCACUGAGGCUCCUUGCUUUUUCCUCUCUCUGUGCCCAUCACCCGGCACAUCCACUCUUUCUGUUAGCUCAGCCGUCCUCCCCUCUUCUUCCUCGCCUGAGGUCUCCCAUACCCCAGGCUGGGUUCCAGACACCCAUAGAACUGAGCCUACAGAGCUCCAUUCCUCCCCAAGCCUCUCUUUCCAGGGCCACCCUAUCACCAGGAGCUGGAGGGGUGAGUCCCUGCAAACCCUUCUAAUCAGAUCUCCCCACCCAACCCCGUAUCAUAGGUUCCAACAGGGAUCAGUAUGUCCUCU